GGGGUUUCUACACCCUUUUUAACCAUUAAAGAAACAAUUUUUGAUUAUUUAUAAUCGAUUAUUGAUUAGUUUGAACUUUAGUUAAUGUGAUAUUGAUGUGGGGCACCCGCGGCACCGCAGCCCCAUCUCGUAAUUCUUAACGCAACAUAUUCAAGUCUAAAUCCCUGUAGUUUAGUGCGCGCAAGUGCGUCCAGAGGGCGUCAGAAAUACGUGAGUAAGAAUAGUAUGUUACGAUCUAUAAAGUGAGGUGUUCAAUAUGGUGGGCAACAAUAAGACUACCAAGCGGGCCAAGAAGCCUAUAGAAACCACUUUGGGGAAGGCCCCGAUAAGCUCUAAGGAGGCCCCAGAUGUUUCUCUUCUAAGGAAACCAAUUGAUACUAAUUUGACUAAUUUAAAGAGAAUAGUUUCCCUUUUGGAGGGUGGUACUGAUGAAGUCAAAGACAUCCUCACGUACGAAUGUGAUAUUUUAUACGAAUGCCGUGCCUGCAGGUCCAUAUAUCGUAGCAUAGCGAAUUUUAUUUUGCACAAAAGAACGUACUGCAAGAACAGGUUUUGUGUGACUGAUUUUAUUAAUAAUAAUAAUAAUCAUCUUGACAGAGACGUUCUGCCGCAGGAGAGUCAGAAAAUGUCUCGUUUAACUCAGGUAGUGGACAAACUGCAUGAAAUCGGAAGAGUUCAUGAGGCCACCAAGCCAUUGUUCACCAUGGAUUUAUCAGAAGAAGACCCAGUGAAGAGCAUGGAUCAACUGGAUGAGAAAUUCUCCUCAAAUUUCAACCAGCUGGUCCUGGAAAAGAUUGAUAGUAACCACGGGGGGGUUUUCCAGACCUUAAAUUUUGACCAUAGUACGGUUUCGAAUAAAUUAGACGUAAUGGAGCUGCACAGGAAACUGGAGCACGACGUGCCAGUCCUGGACUCGAACGGUAAAACGUUCGGGUUCACCAGCAGCGAUUUGUACCCCGGUGACAUUUUCCCCAGUCCGGUUUUCAGCUGUUCAAGUUGCACCAAUAAAUAUUCCUCUGAGAAGACUUUGGCUCACCAUAUCAGGACAAUCCACAACCCGAGUCGUCUGGUGUUCCUCUGUCCUACCUGUAACGAUCCUUUCUCGAGUCCCUGGUGCGUCUACCGCCACCUGGUAAGGGUCCAUCGGAUGACCAAUAAGCAGGUGAGGCGGGUGCGCGACCAAGUCAACAGCAGCAUGAUGAGUCGCGGCGAGUUCGACGCUAAAAUCAAGAAAAAAGCACCGCGGGAGGGCCUACAGGAGGAUUCGGAAAAUCAGUGGAUCGCGGAUAUCGAGGGCGAUAAAGAUUUUCAGGUGUGCGCGGGUUGCGGUAAACAUUUCGAACGUAGGGCGGCCCUUCAUUCGCAUUCGCAAAUGUGCGCCAAACGUUUGGAGGUCUUUAACAGUAUUAAUAAGGAGAAGGCGAAAAAGAAGGCGCUGGAAAAAGUGAGGGUGGAGGUGGACGGUAACGAGAGGGUCGCCUUAAAAGGGGCCCUCAAGCGGAAAUCUGGGGGUUGUAUGCGCGUGAAUAAGCAAACGAGUGAUGAUAGUAUUUUGAGGGCGAGUUUAGUGAAACCAAGUCGCGCCAUCACCCAGACUAAGUCUGAGGAAACUGUCACGGUUAAACCGAAAAAAAUAGAGCGCAGGUCGUACUCUUCGGUCGAAAUCGUCUCGGACGACGUCAUUUGUCUCAGUUCAGACGACUCAAGAGGCAACGAGAUCGAAAUCGUCCGAAAAUCAACUGAUAACCAAGUGAUUCUUCUUGAAGAUGAUGCUCCACAGCAAGUGAACAUGGACGAGCUCUCCUAUAACAACCCUCUGAAGAAGUUGAAAACGAAAACCACCCUCCUGGACAAGGCGAGCUCUUACAUAGACACCUCCGAAAUGGUCUGCCGCCCUUGCAAAACCUACUUCCUCACCUUCGACCUCCUGAUGCACCACAUGUCCGCGCAUUUUUCCUGGUUUCGCUAUCAGUGCAGCAAAUGCUCAUUCGUAACUUACGCGAAAAGCGACUGUUUAGCUCACGUGCAACGAGAGCAUCAGUUGCCCGAACAGUCGUGCGUACUGCCCUUACCCAACUGGAAAAGCGUCCUCAUGUCCCACGACUUCCGACUUCUGGACCCUGAAGUGGAUUUCAAGGGGUGCCAUACAGAUGAACGCAUUUGCUUGGACGAGGAGGUGACUGAGAAGGAGCAGACUCCUUGCGAAACCGUUAAAACUGAGGCCAAUUCGUUGUUUGACGAGGAGGGCGUUGAAGAAACCUCCCUUAAAUUAGAGCCUUGCAUGGAUAGUGAGGAUAUAGAUAUGUCGGAGACGGAGGAUGAUUUGCAAGUGCUGCCCGAACCAGUGGAACUGGAAAUGCCCGCGCUGGUAUCGGAAGCGUUAAAACCCAGCGAGGAGACCGUUUCCAGUUUCGGUUCCGUGGCAGCCGAGCAGUACGAGGAAGAAUCGAACGACGACUGGGGGAUUCCGCAGCCAGUAAAAAAAGAAGAGGAGGAGGCGGUGUUGCCGGUGCCCACUUAUACCAGACCUGCGCGUAUCAGGACGACCGUGAAGCAAGAGGACUUUUUGUACUACGAUCGCGGCAACCUGGUGGGGGUUUUUAAGAAAACUAAAGGUGUCGAGGGUGGUAAUAAGGUGAAACAGGUUCCUAAUACGGUUACAAAGAAAAAGUAGAGUGCGGUUUUGUUUUAAUUAUUUAUUUCGUUACCUUUUAAAUUAUUAUAAAUUUAAUAUAUUUUUUUUUAAUAAAAGUUCAAUUUUUUA